AUGUCCCAUCCGGAAAAAGAGCCUUUCGAGGCUGCUGACGAUACUGCUAUCGUCUCGACGACAGACAAAGCAGGAAAUACAGUACCGACAGCUACUGUCGAACGGGCCAAGUCGAGCAAUCACUCUUCAACCUCCAGUGCGACUAUCGCUCCAGCAGAGGCGAAAGCAGCGCGAUCCCAAUCGCCAUCCGAUGGAAAUCUCCCCAGCAACGACACGGAUCCCCUAUAUUCUCACCUGGCCCCUCAUGAAAGGCGGAUUCUGAAGAAACAGCUGGACGUAGACGAAACGAAUGUGUCAUUCUUUGGUCUCUACCGCUAUGCAUCCCGAAUGGAUAUCCUGGUUCUGGUGGUGAGCGCCAUCUGCGCCAUUGCCGCCGGUGCUGCGUUGCCGUUGUUCACGAUCCUGUUUGGUUCUUUGGCCUCCGCUAUGCGGAACAUCACCCUAGGUCUCAUUGAAUAUUCCGAGUUCUACGAUAAACUGACGACCAACGUCCUGUAUUUCGUCUAUCUUGGUAUUGGAGAAUUUGUCACCGUCUACAUCAGUACCGUUGGGUUCAUCUACGCCGGCGAGCACGUCACCCAGAAGAUUCGCGAGCACUAUCUCGAGUCUAUUCUCCGCCAGAACAUGGCGUACUUCGACAAGCUUGGUGCUGGUGAAGUAACCACUCGCAUCACUGCCGACACGAAUCUCAUCCAGGACGGUGUCUCCGAGAAAGUUGGACUCACCCUGACCGCCAUCUCCACCUUCGUCACUGCGUUCAUUGUGGCCUACGUCAAGUACUGGAAGCUGGCUCUGAUCUGUACUUCCACCAUCGUCGCGCUUGUGUUGAUCAUGGGAGGUGGCUCGCGGUUUAUUGUCAAGUACAGCAAGCAGUCCUUGCAGAGCUAUGGUGCUGGUGGAACUGUGGCAGAGGAGGUGAUCAGCUCGAUCCGUAACGCCACGGCAUUCGGCACCCAGGACAAACUUGCCAAGCAGUAUGAGGUUCAUUUGGCCGAAGCAGAGAAAUGGGGAAGGAAGCAACAGACUAUCCUGGGCGUGAUGAUCGGCGCGAUGUUUGGCAUCAUGUUCUCCAAUUACGGCUUGGGUUUCUGGAUGGGCUCUCGCUUCCUUGUCAGCGGAGAGGUCGACGUCGGCCAGGUUCUGACCGUGCUGAUGGCUAUCUUGAUCGGCUCCUUCAGUCUGGGAAAUGUCAGUCCUAACAGUCAGGCAUUCACUAAUGCCGUGGCUGCAGCGGCCAAGAUCUUCAGCACAAUCGACCGGACAUCGCCGCUGGAUCCGUAUUCGAACGAAGGCGGAACGGUUGAAAACCUCCUGGGAAACAUCGAGUUUCGCAAUGUCAAACAUAUCUACCCCUCGCGACCGGAGGUGACCAUCAUGGACGGUGUCUCCCUCACAAUGCCUGCAGGAAAGACAACGGCGCUGGUUGGUCCUUCGGGGUCCGGAAAGAGUACCGUGGUCGGACUUGUCGAGCGCUUCUAUUUCCCCGUUGGAGGCUCGGUCUUUUUGGACGGACAUGAUAUCAAUGACCUCAAUCUUCGUUGGUUGCGUCAACAAAUCUCACUAGUGAGCCAAGAACCUAUUCUCUUCGGUACCACGAUCUACCAGAACAUUCGCUAUGGUCUCAUCGGCACCAAGUUUGAGCAUGAGUCGGAGGACAAAGUUCGGGAGCUCAUCGAGAACGCGGCAAAGAUGGCCAACGCUCAUGACUUCGUCACGGCCUUGCCCGAGGGGUACGAGACUAAUGUUGGCCAGCGUGGAUUCUUGCUCUCUGGUGGCCAGAAGCAGCGGAUUGCCAUUGCUCGCGCCAUUGUCAGUGACCCUAAGAUCCUCCUGCUUGACGAGGCGACUUCUGCGCUGGACACGAAAUCCGAAGGAGUUGUUCAGGCCGCUCUUGACAAGGCUGCCGAGGGCCGGACCACUAUUGUGAUCGCGCAUCGUUUAUCUACGAUCAAAUCGGCGCACAACAUCGUGGUUCUGGUCGACGGCAGGAUUGUCGAACAGGGUACUCACGAUCAGCUGGUUGAUGGAAAAGGCACAUAUCACAGCCUCGUGGAGGCGCAGCGCAUCAAUGAAGCAAAGGACGCGGAAGCGUUGGAAACCGAUGAUGAGGAUGAGGAUAUCCUGCCGAAGCCGGAUAUGGCGCGCAUCAAGACGGCCGCUAGUGGCUCAGCAUCCCUCUACGCCGAAGAUGAGAAGUCUCGUCUGGAAUUUGGGCGCUCUGGUACGCACAAAUCAGUGUCCAGCGCCGUCCUGUCCAAGCGGACCCCAGAGAUAGGCAAGAAAUAUUCGCUCUGGACCUUGGUCAAAUUCAUCUUCUCCUUUAACAAGCCGGAGACCCUGUACAUGCUCAUCGGUUUCUUUUUCUCGUUUCUUGCGGGUGGUGGCCAGCCCACCCAAGCAGUUCUGUAUGCCAAGGCGAUCAGUUCGCUCUCAUACGGCUCCAAUAUGGCCAGUCAGAUUCGAAGCGAUGCCAACUUUUGGUCCCUGAUGUUCUUUGUGGUAGGAAUCGUCCAGUUUAUCAAUCUCUCCAUCAACGGAGCUGCGUUUGCCAUGUGCUCAGAAGCUCUGAUCCGUCGUGCGCGAGGUGAGGCUUUCAGGUCAAUUCUCCGUCAAGACAUCACCUUCUUUGAUCGAGAAGAGAAUAGCACCGGUGCAUUGACUUCUUUCCUAUCGACCGAGACGAAGCAUCUCUCUGGAGUCAGCGGUGUAACUCUGGGGACAAUCAUCAUGACCUCCACGACCCUGGGUGCCGCUAUCAUUAUCUCUUUGUCCAUUGGGUGGAAGCUGGCUUUGGUCUGCAUUUCCGUGGUCCCGAUUUUGCUGGGCUGUGGAUUCUAUCGGUUUUACAUGCUUGCCCAGUUCCAACAACGUUCUAAGACCGCCUACGAAGGGUCUGCAAGCUAUGCUUGUGAGGCAACGUCGGCGAUUCGCACUGUGGCCUCGCUCACCCGCGAACAAGAUGUUUGGGACGUGUACCACGCUCAACUCGAUGCGCAGGGCAGGACUAGCUUGAUUUCCGUGCUGAAGUCUUCCAUCCUGUAUGCCUGCUCGCAGGCUCUCGUCUUCUUUUGCGUUGCCCUCGGAUUCUGGUACGGAGGCACGCUCCUGGGUCACCACGAAUACUCGGUCUUCCGGUUCUUUGUCUGUUUCUCCGAAAUUCUUUUCGGCGCGCAGUCGGCCGGGACGGUUUUCUCUUUCUCGCCGGAUAUGGGUAAGGCCAAGAAUGCCGCGGCGCACUUCAAGCAACUGUUUGAUCGAAAGCCCAGCAUCGACAUCUGGUCUGAGGAGGGUAUCAAAUUGGAUUCUGUCGACGGUGAAAUCGAGUUCCGUGACGUGCAUUUCAGAUAUCCUACUCGCCCAGAGCAACCCGUUCUCCGCGGAUUGAACCUUAGCGUCAAGCCUGGGCAGUACAUUGCUCUUGUCGGACCGAGUGGUUGCGGCAAAAGUACGACUAUUGCUCUCCUGGAGCGCUUCUAUGACGCCCUCGCCGGGAAUGUCUUUGUGGAUGGCAAAGAUAUCACCGAGAUCAACGUCAACUCCUAUCGCAGCUUCCUAUCGCUAGUCAGCCAGGAGCCAACUCUGUACCAAGGAACCGUCAAGGAUAACAUUCUAUUGGGAGUCGACCGGGAUGAAGUAUCCGAAGAAGCUAUCGUGAAGGCUUGCAAGGACGCCAAUAUCUACGACUUCAUCAUGUCUCUACCAGAGGGAUUCAACACCGUGGUUGGCAGCAAAGGAGGCAUGUUGUCUGGAGGACAGAAACAGCGAGUGGCCAUUGCGCGUGCUCUGCUCCGAGACCCCAAAAUCCUGCUUCUCGACGAAGCCACGUCGGCUCUCGAUUCGGAAUCGGAGAAGGUCGUGCAGGCAGCGCUGGAUGCUGCUGCUCGCGGCCGAACGACUAUUGCCGUGGCACAUCGACUCAGUACGAUCCAGAAAGCCGACAUCAUCUACGUGUUCGAUCAAGGGAAGAUCGUCGAAAGCGGAAGUCACCAGGAACUGAUCCGCAGCAAGGGCCGUUACUACGAACUGGUCAACCUCCAGAGUCUAGGCAAGGCCUAG